GAGGCUCUACCCGCGCUAGCAGGUCCGGCUGGCUCCAGGAUCAGGAGUGUCUGGGGAGAAAGUUCUGCAGGAAAUGCGAAUCUGUUGGGGGUGGGGCCAGUCCCUGGGCUCCGGGAGGUUUCCCGGGGGCGGGCAAGGGUCCCGGUCUCGGGAUCCCUUCCUGCUUGGCCCCUCCUCCUCCUCCUCCUCCUCCCCUUCCUUAAGCCGUCCAUUUUGAGGAGAGGGGUCUGGAAGCAGUAUUAUUUUUGCAGUUCCAUCCCUCCCGUCUGCUGCCCUGCAACCGUCUAGCACCGGAAUGAGCACUUGGGACACGUCUAGGAGCCGGUGCUGGUGAAAUGGACUCGGUGACCUUCGAAGACGUGGCUGUGAACUUCACCAAGGAGGAGUGGACCCUGCUAGACCCCGCCCAGAGGAAACUCUACAGAGACGUGAUACUGGAGAACUGUAGGAACCUGGCCUGCGUGGAUUGGGCAACUCGACAGAAAACCAAAGACUCAAUCCUUCAGCAGGACAGCCUUGCUAAAAAGACCUUUCAUGAAGUGAACAGAGCGUGUCUGGCCAGCAGCAGUUCCCAGAUCUCCGAGUUAGGAGGAGACUGGAAGUACCACCCAGUAGAGGAGCCGCGGGAGCAGAGGGGGCAAAAGCUGAAGCAAGUUGCAGCCUCCCACGGGAAAGGUGAGUCCCCAGGUGGAGUCUGUGAAACAAGGGACAGCUCUGAAUCUGGCCCAAAGCUUAUACCUUCACAGGAAGAGUCCACAAGAAAACGGACCCCCACGCAUGACUCCAAUAUUUUGAAACAAAUUCUUGUCUUAAAUCAAAAAAUCUAUGAAAACAAUGAAUAUGACGGAGUCUUGUGGCAAAACAUCCCAUUGGUUCCACGUGCAAGAACUCAGACGGAGCUGGGGUCAAACAGACAGAUCGACAAUCAGAACGGUGUACUUCGUUUGCGUAAUGAAAUGCAUACGGGGGUUAGCGUUCAUGAAUUCAUUCCACGUGGAAAAAAAGCCUUAGGUGAAGACACUUCCCUCGGGACACACAUGACUCACAAGAAAGAGAAAAGUCAUGACUCUCAUCAGGAUGAAAACAGCUUCCAAAAUAACUCCCUCUGGGCUGUGCAGGUGCAACCCUGCAUGGCAGAGACAAAUAAUGAGAAUAGUCAAAGGGGAAAACCAUUUGCCCGUGUUCCAAGUUCUGAUUCACACAGGAGAACUUCGAUGGGAGGGAAAAGCUAUAAAUGUGGCGAUUGUGGGAAAGCCUUUGUGUAUCAGGCAUCCCUGAAGAGACACAUGGAAAUUCACACCGGAGAGAAGCCCUAUGAAUGUAAGGACUGUGGGAAAGCCUUCAGGUAUUUCUUACACCUUAAUAAACACUUAAGAAAUCACAUCAUGAAGACCUUUGAAUGUAAGGAAUGUGGGAAGACCUUCAAUAAGUCCUCAAACCUUAAUGAACAUACGAGGAUUCACACUGGGGAGAAACCCUACGUAUGUGAGGAAUGUGGAAAAGCCUUCAUUAAGUCCACAAGGCUUAAUGAACACAUAAGGAUUCACACUGGAGAGAAACCCUACAAAUGUGUGGAAUGUGGAGAAGGGUACAUUAGUUCUUCAAGACUUAAAAACCACCUGAAGACUCACAGUGGAGAGAGGCCCUGUGGAUGAUAAGGAUGUGGGGAAACCUUCAUUAAUUUUCUCAGAAAUACUGGCAUAAGGAAGACAUCUUGGAAGGGAGCUCAGUGAGAUCACAAACAUGGAAAAGUCUUCCCUGAACUCUUGGAUGCUACAGAAAUGGAAGGAUUCACCUGUUUUAAAUUCAAAGAAACCCUGUGAAAAGAAGGUCUGUGGAAUGUUUUUCAUCGACAUUCAUCUUUAGUAGACGCCUGCCUUCACCCUGGAGAGAAACCCCAUGGAUCUAAGGAAUAUGGAAAAGCUUUCAGUGUUGUCGCAACCUUACAGUCUCUAUAAGCACUCACACUGCAGAGACCUCUCUGGGGAGUAAGCCAUGUAGGGAAAGCCUCCUUAACGUUAAACACUCAUCCCUUAACAUCACUCAUGAGACCACACCCCGGACAGAGACCCUCAUCAUGGCAGAUGUGAGAAAGCUUUUAGUUCUCUCUUCACUCACAGGGCACAAGUAGGAGAGAAACGUGGUAAAUGUUACAACUGCUGUCAUUCUCACUGUCUUAGCCUUCGGUCGGAACUGAACUUCAUUCUUUUCCAUUUUUUCUUUCCUAAUAAAAUCCUGUGAGGUAAUGACUACCCUUCUGUGGACCCUUUCAGCUCUGCCGUGUGAAUUUUGAUGCACAAGAGCUUCAUUACAAUUUGCUUACAUAUCACCUCACCCACACGAAGCCCUGUUUGAGCUGCAUUUAAUUUAGACUCGGGUUUACGAAGCUCCGUGGCACCACUACUGCCAAUUUGUUGUUAUGGGUCAUGAUUCGACUACAUAAUGGUCAGGGUGUGUGAUCUUUAUGAUACUGAUUGAGGAACUUGUCCCGACUUUGAUUUUGGUCUCAUGUGAAGAUUCUGUCAUUGGCCAUAUCCAUUCUUAUCUUCUUUACUAAGGGAACAUAGAUUUGUUUUUGUUUUUGUUUGGGGGUGGUUCCUUUUUGGGGGGUAAUUAGGUUUAUUUAUUUAUUUUAACUGAGGUACUGGCGAUUGAACCCAGGACCUUGUGCAUGCUGAGCACACGCUCUGCUACUGAGCUCUACCCUCCCCCCUGAACUGUACUCACCCCCCUCCUUGUGGUCCCACUGUUUAUGUUUUUAAAUGCAUUUCUCGGGCUUUAUAACUGAUGGUGAGCAGAGCUUAUAGCCCUGGCCAAUGAGGAGGGCAGAAUUCACUAGUUUGGAUUCCUACAGAGCUGUUGGAAAGGUCAGUGUGUCCUUUACGCUUUUUCUCUUAAUCACGUUCCCUUUUCUCUCUUUCCUUGUUUCUUUCUGGAAAUUGGGUGAUAUCCCCUGAGUUAGCACAAACAACUCCAGGAUCUUUGGAAUGAAGGUCAUGGUCCCAGUAACACUACCCUCAAAUAAAAGAUUUCUCAGUCUCCAAUGGCCUAUUUUGCGAUGUCCAUGGCUGUAACUGACUGUAUUUCUAGAUUUAUUAUAUGAAGUAAACCCCUAAUUUUGUUAAGAAGCAUUUUAUAACUCAGAGUUAACUGUGAAACAAUAAACUUAGUGUGUGCCCA